AUGGGCUCCUCAAUAAUCAACAUCCAACGCGACAUUAUACUGAAUACCAUUCGCAAUGCCGGCGGCCAGGAGUGGAAAGUCUUGGUAGUUGAUGAAAACAGCAAGAGAUUGGUCAACGGUGCUGUGAAAGAGGAUGAAAUCCUCAAUCUUAAUGUCUCUAACGUCGAGCAACUCGAACAUCGCCGGCCGCCCAAUCAGGAUAUGGACGCGCUGUACAUCUUGUCGCCGGAGUCCUACGUUGUCGAUUGUUUGAUGGCAGAUUUCGAGGUGGGCCGAUACAGAAAGGCCUACUUGGUGUGGACUUCAUUCCUUGAUCCGCAGCAAAAAGCGCGGAUCGACCGAUCUCAAAUGGCGCGCGAGCGCAUUGCGGACUUCCAUGUCAUGAACAUCAACUUCUACCCCCGAGAGUCACGCCUGAUCACAUUCCGAGAUCCGUGGAGCUUUCCAACACUCUACCACCCCGGUUGCAAUAAUUUAAUUCGAGGCCACUUGGAAGACAAGGUCGUCUCUCUAUGCGCUUCGCUGGGUGAAUACCCCAUAAUUCGGUACUACCGUCCCCGGUCUCCAAACCACGAGGCUGGAGUGAUGUGCUCUCACCUAGCACGUUUUAUCCAAAGCGAGAUGGACCAAUUCGCGCAGUACCAGCGCGACUUCCCACCACAAACAAAUCGCCCACGAGGUGUAUUGCUCGUAGUCGACCGUUCCAUGGACGUACUCGCGCCCCUCCUUCACGAGUUCACUUAUCAGGCCAUGGUCCACGAUCUUCUUCCCAUAAAUGAGGGUGACAAGGUUGUCUACAAAACUGUUGUCAAUGAAGGCAGCCCCAACCAGGAAGUCAAGGAGAUGGAAAUAGGAGAGAAUGAUCGGGUUUGGGUGGCCUAUCGCCAUAUGCAUAUGAAGGAUGUUCUUGGGAAACUAGGCGAAGACUUUGCCAAAUUCCGAGCAGCAAAUCCUCAGUUUGCGAACGAGGUUGACAAGCACAGCGUGAACACCAUUAAGGAUAUGUUGGGUGGACUGACAGAAUUCCAAGAGGGUAAAAAUGCCUAUACGCUGCACCUCAACAUGGCUCAGGAGUGUAUGAACUACUUCCAAUCCCGUAAGCUCUUGGAAGUAAGCUCCAACGAGCAGUCCUUCGCCACGGGUCUUGAUGAGAACUACAAAAAGGCAAAGAACCUAGCCGCGCAACUUGUCCAGCUCCUCGAUGAUGAGGCGGUCAUACCCCAGGAUCGGCUUAGACUGCUACUUCUAUACAUCAUUUACCGCAAUGGACUGCUGGGUGGAGACAUUCGAAAACUCAUGGCGCACGCUGGCCUCCCACCGAAAGACGGCGCAGUGAUUGCCAACCUUGAGCUCCUCGGCGUGCGUGUGGAGAAGCCUCUCAAGGACGAUAAACCAUCGGCGCAAUCUAUCUUCAACAAGCGGAACCCACCCCCCGAAUCAGAAGAGCUCAGCCUAAGCCGGUAUGAGUUGGCAGUCAAGCAGAUGCUGGAAGACCAACUCCAGGGUACAUUAGACCCAACCAUUUUCCCCUUCACACGCCCACACACCGAGGCGGACAGCGCUCUAGCCGCGCAAGAGAUGCAGUCACAGCAGGCGUCUCUGCGCAGCGCCAAACCAACCUGGGCACGCACAAGAUCCGUGGAUCAGCCUCGCCAGCGCAUUAUCGUUUUCAUGGCUGGUGGCGCCACCUACGGCGAGUCACGAUCCUGUUACGAAGUCUCAGCAGCCUACAACAGGGACGUCUACCUCGCCACAACGCACAUGUUGACUCCAGAGCUCUUCCUCCGCCAAGUUGGAGACCUCAGCGUAGACAGGCGGCGUCUCAAUCUCCCCUCUGAGCGCCCAAAACCUACCGCCCCAGCCCACCUCUUCGAACGUGAGGCCCCUCCAGCCCCAACUCCGCAUCCCCAGAAGAAGAAACCGGUCUCAACGGCGCACCUCAACCCCCGGCCCCGCCGGAAGCACUGA